AUGGAGAAUCACACCCAAACGAUCGGCUUACUCAUAAAGAUAGACUUGCGUGACGGAAAACGCAAGGCCUCCGAAGCCGAUACGGAACUGCACUUACUCGAAGCGAAUAGGAAGAGGCUCUUAACACAGAAAGACUGGGUCGGCAUCGACCCAUCGAAGCCGGUCAGUCUGCGGUUCCGCUUGAGCAGAGAGAAGAGCAAGAUCGGCAAGCGCAGAAGAACGACAAGAGGACGCGGUGCAGCCCCAAGACGAAAGAACAAGGAUGAAUUCAGGAAUGAAGUCCAUGACUUUGCAGACGAUUCCUUUGCCCAAGUCCAUGGAGAUAGUGGUCCACGCCAGCGUCUAGAUGAUGUUCGAAUCCGGAUUGGCACAGAUGCAAUGACAAACACUUACUCUACACAAUUGGACCAAUAUGCGCAGUCGCAUGCUUCGUCUGAAUCCAUGCUUUUCGACCAGGAAGGACCGCUUGCACAGCUACGCUCAGCGAAGCCACCUGCCGACCUUGAGCUUCUUGCAGCAACUAGUGCUUUCGAGCAAGCUGAUGUUGCUUCCCGUGCGCCAUCGACCGGUGAACAACCUCAGCACUAUGGCCUUGCUCGGCGCAGUGUAGCUAGUCCUUCUCCAGACGCUUCUGAGCAAAAGAGCUUUACGGGUGACCAGUUUGAGCUGCAGUGUCAACCUGCGACGAUGACUUUCCGUGAAAACGAGAGCUCUACGCAUGACUUCCGACUCACACAUCAUGCUUACGGGGAAGAGCGCGCAUUUCGUCUCGCCUUCAGCGGCUCCAACUCUACUGCAGGUGCCCGUGGUCGCACUGCAUCGGAUGGCAACCAGAUCGGUGAGACAAAGCCUUUUGACGAUCCAGACUCGGUAGGUGAGUCCAAGACGGGAUAUGUGCAUCAGCACAAUAUUGAUAGGGAACGAUCAGUCGGUGUUGACUUUUCUGCUGCCAAUACAAUCGUCGAUGAGGGCCCCUGGAAGACGUAUCUCGCAAUCUCCGAUGGUUCAAGCCACUCCGACAAAUCCAUUCAAUCCAGAAGCAGCGUCCCGCAUAAUUACCCCGCCAAGAGACAUAAUAACGAAGCUGCAAUGGACUGGUCACAGCAUGCCACUCAAGGUCAGGGCAACGAGAGUCGCAUUAGCUCGUCCUCCGUUUCCGCCUCUUUGCCUGCCGGCCAUCCUUACUUAGCGAACGGCAACGACGACAACGGCGAGCCUACCGGAUAUGUGUCCGAAGGGCUACGAGAGGCCGCUGGUGCCCAAGGGCCGAAUGCGGUGACACGACAUCAGGGCAUGAAAGGAAUCAAGGCAUGA